AUGCCCCGACGGUCUUCGAGCAAGAUGAAUAAGAAAGGUAGCAAGCUUGACACCCGCCCCUAUAAUCAACAUGCGUCCGUCUUCUUCCGUCUGCCCCGCGAAAUCCGCGACAUCAUCUAUGGACAAAUCCUCAUCUUCCCCGUAACCGUCCACCUCGCCUACGUGGGAACCAAAACACGCAGAUUCCGUAGCUUUCUCUGCCAGCUAUCGGAAGAUGAGCAGCCCGAGAAGCGCUUACACCCGCUCUGCCGACGAUGUCGAGUCAACCAUCACCGCUGUUCACCCCGGAACGCGCCAACUUCUUUCGAUGUCACGGCUCGUUCUUCGUCCGAGGUUCGAAGCCAAGCCAGAGUUCUGGCAUUACUGCGCAGCUGUAGAAGGGUAUAUGACGAGACGGUCGAUAUGCUCUACCGCGAAAACACAUUCUACAUAGAGAAUCCGCGCACCCUGCUGGAACUUCCGUCCUCUCUAUCCAGGGCGGGACUUAGCACGUUCCGGCAUCUAUAUCUGGAAUCUGCCCGGUAUGGCGAGGAUACCCCGUCUGACCGCUUGGCGAGAUGGGCAGCGGUUGUUCGUGUCCUGGAACGGCUUGAUGGACUCGAAACGCUAGUCGUUAUUCUACGUCCGAUGUUUGGAUUGGAUUGGGAGGUCGAGGCGCUGGAGAAGCCACUCGAGGCGGCCCGACUUCCGGUGUUGAGGGUGUUGAGGGAUCCGGUGAUAAGGAUGGCUCCUGCUGCUACCGCCAUGAGGUCGGGAACCGCUCGAAAACGCCCCUCCGACGCCGACGAUCACUGCCAAGCGACCCAGGCGGCCCGGAGACGGAUCAGCAGGGCCUGCGACCGGUGCCGGGCGCAAAAGGCUAGAUGCGAUGGAGGAAAACCGUGCCUUCGCUGCGGGGACCUCAUCCCUUGCGUUUAUCAGGACAAGAAGCCGCUGCGACGGAAGUACCCCGCUGGAUAUGUGGAAAUGUUAGAGGAGCACCAGGCGUAUUUGAUCACCGGGCUGAGGAAAUUAUACGAACGCAUUCAGCAGGAUUCCAGACUCCCAGAGGUCGAUCGCGAUGGCAAUAACCGACAGAUUGUGCACGAGCUGCUCGAUAAAUUGGGCAUCUUUGAGGAAACGAUCAAGGAGCGUAGGUCCUCAAUGACGGGAAGCGAAGCGGAUGAUGCACAACCGUCUCUAGGGCGUAUUGAUCAAAACGAUACCGUGAGCGCAGCGACACCCAGGUUGCCAGAGUCAUCUCGGGCCUGGUCGUCCACACAAGUUAAACCCUCACCUGCCCCAAAUUCAAAUGCCGGCUUGAAUCUCCCUCGCGCGAUGACCCUACCAACCCACGUUCCUCUUAAUACUGGGAUGGCACAACCGCAAUGCUCACUACCGUACCACCAUCAGGCUGAUCUGGCGGGACUGAGUCGCCAUCAACGACCGUCUCGGGUCGGGAAGGAUUGCGAUGAUGCCGCUGCUGAGGGGCGUGAGAAUGCUGCGAUCAUAAUCAAAGACUACAAGAUGAUGCCUUGGACUCGAGAGGCAUUGGAUAUUGAAGUCCGUCCAACUUCUACUGGGAUCAAGCCAAACGAGCGGAGCCUCUAA